GGUCACUGAACCUGUUCAAAUUCCACCGUCUCGUGGGGGUUUCAAACGUUUGACGGUGGGUGCACCAGAAGGUUCCAGAAGUGACCCAAGUAUGCCCUAACCCAUACGCCAAUGCCCACCUAUAUAAUCCCCAAUUGGAUCAAAUCUCAUAACAUUUUUCAAUUUCAACCAUGCCGACUGUGAUACAAUUCCAUGGAAACAGUAGAAUUUGCAUCAUUUCUUUCAAGCCACACAGCCCCCCUGCAGACGAUCUUGUAGCAACGCUCGUUUCCUACACCAACUGGUUCGAAAACUCUGGUUAUUUAAACAGCAGCUUCAUUCUUCGCAGCAUCCAUGGAAAUCUGGUCAUGUGGUUUGGAUUCUGGGGAAAUUAUGAACUCGAUUCCAACCAAAUUGAAGCAAUGCAAGCAGUUCAUGAGAUCUUGUCCAAGAUGGCCCAGAUUACAGGACAUUUUUACCACAGCCUUUACCAUGGACAGAGCAAAACAGGGCUUCCAUUUGCAAAGGUUUCAAGAGGAGAUUUUGUGACCACAAGGUUAGUAUUAACAGAAACAGAGAAGCAGGAGUCCCUGUGUUAUGCUUGUGUGGCCAUUUUAAAGUCUUAUUUCAACAAGACCAAGGGUUUAAGAUCUUGUACCUGUUUCAAGUCCCUUGAUGGAGAUAAGGUUCUGGCUUUGGCUGUUUGGAAUGAGUUAUCGGCCGCCUAUGCUUGGAUUCUUGAUUCUGGUCCGAACUCGGAAAAAGUCAUUUCAGGGUAUGUGGCAGAGCUGAUUGUUAGCACUACUUAUGAUGUCAUGGAGGUUGUGUAUGCUACUGGUGAUGAGCCUCUUGAGAUGCCGGCUAUUGCUUAUUUUCCGGUCAAAGUUUAGAAUGUGUUCUUUAAAUCUGGAUUUUAUUUUCUGAUUGUUUUAUAAAUCUUGUGGUUUUGCACAACAAUGACGUCAAGUUAUUGACAACUGAAAUGCUUCCAUAUAAUUUGAUUGAUAUGGAAACCAUUUGAUUAAUAUGGAAACCAAGGAGCGGAAUGUUUUUAAUAAGGGGUUUCUUACAGCGAUUAGUAGUGAAAUUUUGAAGUGAAAUAUAAUAGCUGUACAAAGAGAAAUACAUACAAAUUAUCUUCCAGUCAAAGUUUAGUGUGUGUUUUUUAAGUCCGAUCUUUAUCUUUCAAUCUUUUUGGUAAAACUUGUGGCUUUGCAUAAUACGGAUAUCAUGUUCUUGAUUGUUGAAGUGCUUCCAUGUAGUUUGAUUGAUAUGGAAAUCAAGGACCAGGAUGGUUUUAAUGAAGGGGUUUAUUACAGCAAUUAG